AUGACCUACUUGCGGUUUGCAGACCAAGGACCCCCCCGGACCCCGGCCCCCCGGGCCCCCCGGACCCCCGUGGCUUUAGGACGCAGGCUGAUUCUGGUCGCCCCCUCCUCCCGCGGAUCAGCUGUGCGUGUGAGUGAGUGUGAGCGGGCGUGUCACCCGGCGCCGCACGCGGGGCCGCCUUAUCUCGUGGCCAGCAACAGUGACUGCGGCCUCCCCGCCCAGGUACCCAACGCCCAGCCAACCCUGGGGGAUCUCCAGAGCUUUCCAGAGGGCCACACGGUCACCUACAAAUGCAAGGAAGGCUUUGAGAAGAUCCCGGGCAAGCCAGAUUCCGUGGUCUGCCUCCCCAGCCACCAGUGGUCAGAGCUCGGAGAGUUCUGCAACCGUAGCUGUAAAAUUCCACCCAGGCUAAAUUAUGCAUUUCUCAAAAAGGAAUAUAGCAAACAGAAUUACUUCCCAGUUGGGUCCAUUGUGGAAUAUGAAUGUCGGCCAGGGUACAGAAAGGAUAUUACUAAGUCAGAAAAAUUAACUUGCCUUCCGAGUUUAGAAUGGAGCAAACCAACUGAAUUUUGUCAAAAAAGAUCAUGUCCUAAUCCUGGAGAAAUACAAAAUGGUGCUAUCAACAUAAAAACUGACAUAUUAUUUGGUUCAUCCAUCUCCUUCUCAUGUAACAAAGGGUUUAAAUUAGUUGGUGCCACUUCUAGUUACUGUGUUCUUACAGAUAACACUGUUGGCUGGAGUGAUCCAUUGCCAGAAUGUGUAGAAAUUUAUUGUCCAGACCCACCAGUGGUUAAGAAUGGAAUAAUGCGAGGGGAGAGUAACACUUACACAUAUUCUCAGACUGUAAGCUAUGAAUGCACUAAAGGCUUCACCCUGGUUGGAAAUAGCUCCCUUUAUUGUGAUAUAAAAGAUGACGACCAUGGAGAAUGGAGUAGCCCCCCACCUCAGUGCAAAGCAACUCCUCAGAAACCUACAAAAGCACACUCACCAACUCCAACAAUUUCACCUCCUCAAAGACCCACCAUAGUAAAUAUUUCAGAUACAAAAGUCUCAUCAGCUGCUCAGAAUCCCACUACAUCCAACAAUUCAGCCACCAAGGCCCUGGUAACAGCUCAGACAUUCCUCAUACCAAAGACUCUGCCUACAAACACCCCUUUAGCAGGCCACAAGCCCAACAGGACUGCUUCUGCUACACAGACCACACCACCAACCCACAGAGUCACCACAGCAAAAGCUUCAUUAACACAGAGGCCUCUAGCAGCACACAAGUCCACAACUUCACAUGUCCCCAUGACUAAGAGUCUCCAAAUCACACAGCGAUUCACCUCUGCUCGUAUUACAGCAACACACCAUGCACCUGGUUCCAGGACAACUGUGGGUUUUCAUGCAACGAAAACAUCUAAGGGGACAGAAAUGUCUACUUCAGGUGUUGCCAAUUAUUUAUAUGGGCACACAUGGGUCACACUGACAGUUUUGCUUGUGACGCUAGUAAUCCUUGGCUAGCUGACUUAACCAAAGAAGAGUUCAGAAGAAAGUACACACGAAGACAGAGAAUACUUCUAGUUUGUUAGAAUCUUUUGGAGGAGAGGAUAUAAUAAAUGCAGUAGUUCUCUUUGUUUUGCACGUUAUCAUUGUCUUUAAGGUAGGUGAGGAGUAGUAAUGAAGCAAGAAGGCAGUGGUCUGGGAUCUCAUUCUCAGUGGACCUAAGGACAUUUGAAAAUAGAACUCUCUAGAACUGGAGAUGUGGCUCAAAUGGUAGCAUGCCAGCAUGAGUGGAAAUAGACCCCACAGAAUUGGCAGAAAUCACUUUCCUAAAAAUGGAGGGAAGGGUCUGGAGACUCAUCUUUAGGACAGGAGCAUGAGCAAAUGGGUUGUAUGUGUUUUGUUUUUCACUAGAUGUGUAAUGUGGUUUUCACUGAUAAACAGAAAACUACAGUAAUUAGUUAGCAAAAAGAAAAAAAAUGUAAUCUAGUCUCUUCUUACACAUUGCCAGGAAGAGACAAACUACAUUUUAAUGGGUGACAUUUUCUUAUUCCGUUAAGAUAAGUCCAAAUUGGUUGGAGAAAAGAAAAACAUAGUAAUGAAUCAGAAGUGUUGUGUUUUUGGUUUUUGUGGCAGUUUUUUUUGCCUUAGUUGUUGGCCUAGGAAGAGUACAUGGUAAGAAAGUGUUCUUGGGACACAAACAAAUAAUAAACCAGGAAUCUGUCCCACUGUUGUAAAAAUGAAUGCGCUGCAGUUUUGUUCUCAGAAUAAUCCUUUCCCCACUUUUUGUUCUUGUUUUCUCCAGUCAGAGAGUCUUAUGAAAGAUGUUUUCACGACAACAUCAAGGAUUCUGUAAUUCUAAAGUGAGAUAUUUCUAGCCAAAUUGUAAAUCUUAUUCUUUUGUAAUGUUCAGAUUAAUUUAUUUUUUAUUUAUGUCAGUGAAUGUUUUGAUUUUACAUGUAUAAUGAGAAGAUUUCAAGAAGACUAUGUAAAGAAAUAUUUAUUUUUCCCUAAAUAGAAAUAAAUAAUCAUA